AUGAACACCAAAACCUCUCAACCGAGCAACAGUGCCGCCUGGCUCCCUUCCCUAAGAGCCAACCUCAAAAUAGGUCCAUCACCCUACACCUCCCCCCUCCCAGAUCAAAUCGCCAUCAAAACCCGCGCCAUCGCCAUAAAUCCCGUAGACUGGAUGGUCCAAACCGCCGCCGGCGGGCUAGUCUACCCUCAUCUCAAGACUCCUUUCGUAGCCGGAACAGACGUUGCUGGCGAGGUAGUCGAGAUUGGUUCUUCAGUAACUCGAUUCAAAGUUGGUGAUCGAGUUCUCGGAUACGCCAUUGGGACGGCGGGUCCUCCUAUCAAGGCUGGAAGUCAUGAGAGUGCUUUUCAGGAGUAUGUGGUGUUGAGAGAACAUCUCAGUUCGCCAGUUCCAGAUGCCAUGUCCUUCGAAGAAGCAUCCAUCAUUCCCAUGGGCAUAUCCACCGCAGCAUGCGGUCUAUUCCAAGACGACCAACUAGGUCUCCAACUCCCCUCUUCACCUCCUGCAAAACCCACUGGAAAAACUCUCAUCAUCUGGGGCGGUUCCACAAGCGUAGGCUGCAACACCAUCCAACUCGCCGUCGCCGCAGGCUACGAAGUCAUAACUACCUGUUCACCGAAGAACUUCAAGCUCGUCAAAUCCCUCGGCGCAACACACGUCUUCGACUACAACUCUCCAACCGUGAUCGCCGACAUCACGAACCUCAUGAAGACCAGAAUCUCAGCUGGGGCUUACUCCAUAGGUUCAGGCGCCGCAGACGCAUGUCGUUCUAUCCUCUCACACUGCAACGGUUCGAAAUUCAUCGCCAUGGCCACGUACCCGGUUCCUCAGAAACCGCUCGAGUUGUUCGUGUUGCCACGCACGAUGUUCGGGUUCGUGACGUGGAAUAUUAAACACUGGAUCCUCUGUAAAUUCUUGGGCGUGAACUCGAAGUUCAUUUUCGGGUAUACGCUUAUUGAUAACGGCGUUGGGAAAAUGCUGUAUGCGGAUUAUCUGCCGGAGGCUCUAAAGGAGGGUACAUUUGUUAGUAGUCCGGCAGUGAGGGUUGUGGGACGGGGGUUGGAAAGUGUACAGCCGGCUUUCGAGGUACAGAGGAAAGGUGUCAGUGCUGAGAAGAUUGUUGUGAGUUUAUAA